GGUACAGCGUGCACAUGUGCGAAUUUUCUUUCGCGGUGGAAGGACAACGAACACGGCAGCAGACAAGCAAGCAAGAGGAUGGAGGUGAAUGUGUCAACCGCGAGCUCUGUGUUCGCUCGCAAGUUCCUGGACCGCAUGAAGGCAUCAGGGUCAGGCAAGGAACCGAAGCAGCAGGCACAGCAGCAACAGACACAGCAGCAGCAACUCUUAACACGGCAAGGGGAACAGGGAAAGAGGCGAGCUGGCACACGUCAAGCUGAGAACGCACGUGCAAGCGAGGGGAACAACCAGCAGCACAACGCGGUUGAGCGGGGCGUUGGACGAACCCACAGACUUGGACUCGGUGCAAAACCCAGUCGUGCGCAGCAGACCUCACAUGCAUCUGCGCUCACUAAGAGCAUCAAGAAGGGCCUUCGCAAGGCACGGCAGUCAGGCGAGCUCUCCGAGGAAGAAGACCUGGAGGAUGUUGUGUCUGACAGCGACGAUGAAGGCGUCAGCUCCGCAAAGGGGAGAAAGGGCAAGGCGGUCACGCUGUCCCACAAAGCUGCAUCCACGCCAGUACCAAUAGUUGCGGUGGAGAGCCGGACACCUGCCCCACCAACCCCAGCGAUCGCAUCAAAGGCACACCUCGAUCCACUCGAGCAGAUCUAUGAAGAGAGAAAGGCCAAGAAAGAGAAGCUGGCAGCAACGCGGAAACGAAAGCGCCAAGCAAAGAAGCGAAGGGCACAGGAGAAGAGGCAGCAGCAGCAGCAGCAACAGCAACAGCAACAGCAGCAGCAACAACAACAAGCUCAGCCGACGAAGGACGAGAGCAAGAAAGCAGGAAGAGACGCAAGCAGCACCGCUGCGGCCUUUGCUGCUGCUGCUGUGAAGGACGAUGACGACCCCUUCAAGCGAGCGAAGAUCUCCAUCCCAGACGACAGCAGCGACGAUGACAGCGAUUGACUUGAGCUCUCAUGUGUGUGUCUGUGUGUCUGUAUCUGUCGCUCUGUCUGUCGAUCUGUGUGUGUGUGUAUCUGCCUGUGUGUGUGUCUGUGUAUGUCGCCCUGUCUGUGUCUGUCACCCGUUCUGUGUUGCCGUGCAUGUCUGCCUUGUGCCUGGUUUGGCCUAUAUAUAAGACC